AUGGAAAUAAAUAGUAAUCAGUAUGCCUAUGAUACUACUAUUAACUCAGAGAAUAAAAUAAUGAUGAAUUUCAAAUCUUCAGGCAUACAUCAUUACCCACAAAAUUUACAAAAUUCAAACUACAAACUAUCACCACUGAUAAACGAUGAAUAUUCUACUUCAACUACAAUAAUAACAGAUACACCACCUACUAUUGCUUGUCCAUUAUUAGAUAGUCAAAAUUCAGAUGAGAAUAUGAAUAAAAUGAAUAAUUCACAACUUAACUGCUCUUAUCAUUAUUAUCAGUCAGCAUUGAAGGAAUCAAAAACUGCACAAACUCAAACAUCACUAACAUCUCAAAUAAUAAUGCCUGCACAGAUGAAUUCACAAAUGCAAUCAGAAAAUAUACGAAAACAAAUUAAUUUUGAUUUUAACUCACUGCAUCUAAAGAAUCCAACAAUUUCUAUUCGAAGUCGUCUUUUAAAUAAUGAAAGUGAGGAGGAACAUGACGAAGAAGAAAAUCGACAUUUAAGUGAUAUUGAACUUCUUCGACAAGUAUACGAUGAAUUACGAUAUAAAAUAAGCCAAACUUCACAGGAUCAAAAGAUAGCAAAAAUGACAAUAAAUGAAGGAAUCAGCUGGAAAGAAUGCUUUCUGGGUGAACGAAUGAGACGAUGGGGUCUUUGGUUUAUUGUCACCUUUCUGGCUGUGAUGACUAUUCGAGAUAUUACUCUGCUGGUGAUAGAAUAUAUGGAAUAUCCGAAACAAUCAAAUAUGAAUAUAAUGUUUAAUGAAUCAAUGAAUAUGCCUAAUAUCACAUUUUGUAUGGCAAAACAACAAGCUUGGAGUCAUCUUCCUCUUAAUAAUUCAGAAUUGGCUGAUGAAUGGGAUAGAAGAAUACAGACAGAACUCGAAAAAUUAAAUUCUCGAGAAAAAUUUCUCGAAGAAGCCUGGGAUUAUCGGUUAGUUCUUGAAGCAUAUGAAGUAAUUGCAACACUGAAUAGUAUGGAACGAGAGACAACAGCGCAAGGAUCUGCUCGAUCUAUUAAUUUCUUUAGCACUCAUCCAAAACUUCAAGCUAAACGAACGAUGAUUAAGACAUGGUUAAAUGAAAUUAAGCAACGUGGUGUGACAUUCGAAGAAUUAACACAAAAAAUUGGUUCGGAAACUAUAAAAUAUUCACUACGACGAUUUCAACGAACAACAUUUAAUGAAAGUCUUAAAAUUAAGACCAAAUUUCGAACUUCAUGGAUUUCAACAAUGCAAUUCUGCUUUCAACCAUGGUUUGAUAGAGAUAAUUAUUUCGAAAUAAAAGAUCAGGGAAAUUUCUUUACAAUGCUAUUAUCACACAAUACUGAUAACUUGGAAAACUUUAAUAUUGCUUGUAUGUCUGUUGAUUUUCAUGGACGACCUAGUUCACUUUCACGUUUUAUGGAAGGUCAAGGUCGUGCACGAGAUGGAUUUAAUGAUGAUUUAUGUCUUGGUAUUCGACAUGAAGUGACAGUUGACGUACGAGCAAGAUAUGUAAUGCUUGAAAAUGAUGAGAAUGGUACAGCAUGUCGUAAUGUUAAAGAAAAUGAAGAAAGUGAAUUUGAUUGUCGAUCAAGAUGUCGCAUGGAAAUGAUCAGGGAUAUAUGCAAAUGCACACCAGCAACUUUAAGUUAUCUUACAAGAAAUGAGAAUGAAUACAACAAAUUUCCAAUCUGUAAUUAUGAAAAAUGCGAAAUCGAUGUUAAGAAUAUUACAUAUUCGGAUCAGCAAUGCACCCGAAAGUGUUAUCGCUCUUGUGAUCAAAUUACCUAUGAAGUAAGUCACGUACAGCAUGGUAAAAUGUUUCAUCGUGACUUCACGACAAUUAAUUUAAACUGGGGUUCAUUUGAAUAUCUCACUUUGAGUCAAUACUGGGUAUGGUCAAUGCCAACAUUCAUAGCAGCACUUGGUGGAUCCAUGGGAGCAUGGCUUGGACUUUCAAUUCUUAGUCUAAUACAGGGUGGCACUUAUCUAUACACUUUUCUAACUACAACAAUCAAAAAGAAACGUUCACGACUGAAAAACUGGAAUUGA